GAUGGCGGUGCGGCAGCGGCUGCAAAAGCUGUUCCAGGAGCCGCAGCUCGCCGGGGCCAUUGUGCUGGAGCGGGCGCCUGCCCCCGCCGCUACCGCCUGGGCCUCGCUGUCCGCGCCGCCGCCGCCAUCGCCGCCAUCGUCUUCCUUGCCGCCGGCCGCGGAGCCGGCAUCGCCGCCGCGGCGGCAGGGCCCGCUGCCGGAGGAGUGCGCCGUGUUCCACUGCCGUAGCUGCUGGACGGUGCUGGGGGACUCGCUGCAGCUGUGCGGGCAGGAGCCGCCGGAGCUCAGCGUCCUCGUCUGCUUCAAAGUCACCAGCGAUGUGACCUGGGAGGACUCGCUGCUGAUCGGCCUCGAGGGAGCUCUCCUGGGAUGUGCUUAUUAUUUAUUAUUGUGUCGGUCUUGUGGCUUGGCCGUGGGCUUCAUUCUGUAUUCUUCUGGCAGUGACCUGGCGCAUCUCAGGGACUUGUUCUGUUUCUUCAAGGACAGCAUCAUGUGUUACCUCUUAAAAAAUCAAAUGAUUAUAGAAGCUUCUAAGGUGAAUUUUCCAGCUGUGACCUUAAAGGAAAACAUGCAGAAAAUGAAAGAAAAGCUUGUGGAGUUAAGUGGUCGUGUAGAGGUACUGACUAGGAAGCUGGAUAAAAUAAUUAUGUAACAGAAGAAUGGCAAAACUCUUCAACAGAUCCUUACUGAUGACUUACUAUCAGGAUAUGCAAGAGUUAAUGCCAACUAAUACCCAUUUUCAAGAACUGCUGGAGCUGUUUCUGCAUCUCUGCUGAGUUUGAUCAUUACAAAGAAAUAAUGCACCAGACCAGGUGUGAGUAUUGAUCUGUCACUUUACUGUGUGUGGAAAGAUCUGACGAUGAAGUGCCUCCCUUCAGGAGGAGAAUCUGACAUACUGAAGUUAAGCUUGGAAGACUGAAUAGCUCACCCAUGCAGCAUGUUACUCUCUGAGGCUCUGUAAAUAUAACUUUGGUUUUUCUAAUGACUUCAAGGGGAAAACCAGCCUUUGAAAUACUGAAGUCAGGUUUCUGGAGCUAUGCAAAAUAUACUUAACAAGGUGAUGCUAUUCAAGAGCCACCAUUACAAACUGAACGUUCUUAAAAACCUGAAGCUCUUGUCCUGCCUUUUAAUACAGACACAUUGUUAAUGGCAGCCUUGGUUUUAAUGGCAGCUACAUUUUGGUCAAGUGGCUCAUUAGCUACAUCUGAUAUGUGAGCCACUGCUAAGUGGACUCCUGAAUAGUUCUGAGAUUUGCUUGUAUGCCUUGCCUGCAAAAGCAGCAGACAAGCACGUCACAGAUGCUGCAAUGUUCUUAGAGCAUGAGUCUGGAUGGCACCAUGGAGGCAGAGCACAAGGUUUUGAAUUUCAGGUAAAGGGCAACCCACGUGCCUUCCAGAUCUGCUGAAGUGCAGCCCCAGGAACAUGACUGAGUCAAAUUUUGCCAGCUAUGGCUGUGAGCAACUGAACACUUCUUUCUGGAAUGUUAACUAUGAAACCAAGGAACAGUCUUCUGCACAAUCGUGGAAGCACUGCUUUCCUGAAGUUAUGAUUGCCUGGCCAGUUAGGAUGUUUCAUUAAAAAUACCUACUCAUGGCUCAUUGGCAUCGCUCUCUGGUGAAAAUUGGUUCUACUUAUUUCCAAAUAUUUAGAAAAUAAUUUUACAGAAAAGAAAGCACUACUUACCCUUUUUUACUGGGACAGAAUAUCCCUAAUUCUUGUUUUUGGAAGAUUAAGGUCCCUUUUCCUCUCCCCUUUGCUGCCUAAAGGACUAAUGUUUUUUCCAAAAGGGAUAAUAAAUUUAUGGAAAGUUAGUAGUUUUCUGUAGUAGUCUAGAGAGGAUUCUAUUUACUUGAUCAGCUUAAUUCCAGUGAUGCAAAUUGCAUUCUCCUUCCAUGUAUAUGACCAGCAGGUUGCAGACCUCAUUGCUGCUGCUGCCAGUUCUGUGUUUUGUCUUAUUUGUAAAGUAACUCUGCUUGGAGCAGAGGGACAAAACUCACUGAGAUAAGGCACCUCAGAGGUUUUAGGUGGGCAGCUGGUACUUAGGCUACUACUAAUGCUCACUGUGCUGCUUUCUGUUUGGGAGUUCUUAUGGUCUCAGUUCAUUGUCAUAAGCAAAACCAUAGAGUAUCACCAGUUGUUCUGCAAGGAGAGGAGGGACUCUCACAAAUUCUAAUACCACCUAUGUAGUACUUCCUUAGUGCUUAUGUUAUUGCACGAGUCUAAGAAAUGUGAUUGAUAAUGGGACUGUUUGCUUUUGCUCUUUCAUUCUAGUUUCUGCAUUGAGACUGUUUCUUGCUAUUUUAUGUCUGUAUUAUGAAUAAUGCUAAAUUGUUUUGCUUCAUUAGUACUGAUCCCUAAAAGAAAAAGAAAGCUGUCAGUUACAUUUUUGUAUUAUAUUUAAAGUUGUGAAGAAAGAACUUUGUUAAUAAAAGCUGAAACUCA